CACAUUGUUGUUGAUGUUGAUUGGACAAGCAUGAGUGCUUUUAGUAAGACUUUUAAAUCUAUAUGAAACAUAAGGAUUUAUAAAUAAAAAAUUUGAACACUACAUAAGGAUUUAUAAUUUCUCUUUAAUCUAUAUGAUAAAUAUUUCUAUGAGAAACCAAUAAUAUACCGCUCGUGUAAACUUUUUUGUUAACUUCGAUUCAUUUUAGAAUUCAGGGUUUUUAUCUGGAAUGUAAAUUUUUGUUGUAGUAACACCAAGAAAAAUCUGUAAUAUAAACCUUUCGCUGAUGCAAUUGGUUGCCAUAACUCAUUAAAUAAAAUACAAGCUGUAUAAACAAAUAUUGAAUUCACACAAUCGCAUUUUCACUUAGCAAACGCAUCGCAUUAAAGGACGGAUUACCACUAAAUUAGUAGAUAACACGUUUCACGAAAUAGGUAUAUUGAAAGAGCAUCAAAAGUUUGGAUUCCUCUUUUUCUACUUCUUUUAUUUAUCAACGAUCUAUUUGAUGUUAAUUAUUAUUUGUUGGUAGAAAUAUUGGUAGUUUCAUAGUAAAAUUAAUCUGAUAUCAUAAUAAACAAACAAAGGAGACAAAUCACAAUGGUGUGGUUUACACAGAGAAGCACAAAUAAAGAUGUUUGUUUGGUUGGGCGUGAUUAAAGCGACUCUCUGACUCGAUGGACCAGCUUGCGCUCGAAGUCUUCUUCGUUUAAUUUUCUUAUGUACACUACCUUUUGUGCUUUUCCUAACUAAAGUAUGUUUUAUCUUGAUAAUAUUUAGUUAAUAGUUACACCCAAUUUUUUUUUUGUUAAUAGGGACUUUUACUAAACACAUAUGACACAUCACCCUGAUCUUUCAACCAGUUGUUAUGAUAUACUUCAGAAAAUGUCUCAGUUAACUACAUUAUAUUUGCAAAACAAGCUCUCUUUUUUGAAAUUCAUAUAUACUACUUAGUUAUCCGUUAGAGAACAGAAAUAUUCCAAUCUUAAAAAGUAACAGUGAGUUCAACGUACAAUAAAGCGUAAUUGGUCAACUGAUUCAUUCAGUAGCUUUCAACAACAUCAACCGUUUUGAAUCACUAUUUUAAUUGUGACUCAAAAAGAAUUGAUAAUGAAUAACGUGUGCAUGCUUUAAUUGGAUCCACGUUCUUGGAUAACAAACAUAAAAAAUAAUCGGAGAGAUCAUGAUCAUGUGAAACUCAAAGGAACUUACAAGAGUCGUAACUUCAUGUCUUCAUCUACACGCAAGAGAGGAUUGGUGAUCCCGACGAGACCUAGCCAAUCCCAUACAAAGGAAUAUAAAACGGUCUCAAGCUACAGAUUUUUAGUGGGCUUUAUUAAAAGAAUGGCCCGAGAAUUCAACAUCUUUAGUUCUUUAUGGGCUUUAUAAUAAGAUGGGCCGACUAUUCAAGUUGUAUACACAUCCUAUAUAACAAGACGGGCCCCGCUCUAUGUGUUUUUUUGUUCCGAGUUCCGACAUAACUACCCUCUGUUGUCCGAAUUCCUCCCACGAGUUGUAAAGAGAAAAUAUCCAAACGAUAUAGAGAUUUUUACCGUUCUGCGGUUCGCCGGUGAGUCGCAAUUUCUCGAAUUUCGUAUCGAAGUUUGCGUCUUUGAUCUUAAUCCGAAGAAAAUAGAUUCUUACUUGUUAAUCAAAGACGGUAAGUGAUAUAGAUAGUUAAAGAGACUUCAAUGGCGAGCCAAGGAAUGGUGUCUCUCACUAAGUCUCUAUGCAUUAUGACUCCAAAAGUCCGCCUCAAGAACACAAAGACGACAAAGAACCUAAUCACACGGUCUUGUAAUCUCCGUGUCUUAUGUUCAAAGCUGUCUCAAUGGGAACAAGCACCUUUUAUUCAUGAUUCUACAGAAGAAGCUGGUGGUGGUAUAGUAUUGGAGAAAACCAAGAACGUGUUCGAGUCUAUCGUAUCCGAGACUGAAGCGGAGGAGCAGAAAAUUCAGGUUUUUAAAUGGCCAAUAUGGCUUUUAGGUCCAUCUGUUCUACUCACAAGUGGUAUGGCACCUACUCUAUGGCUUCCAUUAUCAUCGGUUUACGUCGGUUCAAAAGUGGUUAGCGUGCUUUCAUUGAUCGGUUUAGAUUGCAUUUUCAACCUCGGAGCAACCCUUUUCUUGCUAAUGGCUGAUUCUGGCGCACGUCCUAAAGAUCCAUCACAACCCUGCAAGAGCCAACCACCGUUUAGCUACAAAUUUUGGAACGUUUUUGCGCUCGUAACCGGGUUUCUCAUACCGACGCUACUUCUGCUCGGAUCCCAAACCGGUUUACUCGCUUCUCUCCAACCGGAGCUUCCUUUCUUGUCUGUGGCUGUUCUCCUCUUCCCUUACUUCAUCCUCCUCGCGGUUCAGACAUUAACAGAGAUCCUCACGUGGAGCUGGCAAUCACCGGUUUGGCUAGUGACACCUGUUGUCUACGAGGCUUACAGAGUUCUGCAACUUAUGAGAGGGUUGAAACUAAGCGCAGAGGUUAACGCACCGGUUUGGGUGGUUCACGUGAUUCGUGGGCUAGUCUCUUGGUGGGUGUUGAUCUUGGGGAUGCAACUCAUGAGAGUUGCUUGGUUUGCUGGUUUUGCAUCUAGAACAACAACAACAACUCAGCAACCAGAAUCUGUUGCUUCAGAGUAAAGACAGUUUCUUUCGUUUACCUUUGAAGCUAGUCCUCCUAUCAGGAAAAAAAAGAAAGAUUUGUAACUACUGUAUGUGUAGCUAUUAUUGUUGGUGACUAUAACAAAAACAUAUUUCUUUUAUAUUCAUAUUAUUAAUUUGUACAUUAUUCUCUGCA